GUCACUGUGAGGUGUGGCGGCUGCUGGGCUGCUGUCGCUGGCCUGACAGGCAAAAGCCCACGACUACUUGCCUUCUAAGCCACACCAAAGCCAGGGUUGCCCGCAUUGAACUUCUUCGCGUUUUGUAAUUCCCGGGGAGAAUUCGUCCCGUGAUCCUCCUCAACCGGGCGUCGCGCUUCGGGAGAGGCCUCAUAUGAUCGCUGCCCUAUGAUCACUGCCCUAUGAUCGCUGACCUGUGAUCGCCAGUCGAUCGCCCGUCCAGGCCUUUGGGGGGGCCCUCCGGGAGACCGCAAAUCUCGCCGGAUUUAUGCAGCCAGCGCAGUCUUCGAGGUGCAAGAUCCUUUCUAUAUACGUAUGAUUUGUUUCAUGGGGCUCAUUUCGGGCCACCUCUGCCUUUUCUUGACCUGUCCAUUUGAAGCCAGCGAGGGGCUUUGACUUCGCGACGUGUUUGAGCCGAACCCCCCAAAAAAUGUCUUUCAGCUUUCUCCUUCCUACGCCGAUCAGCACAGCCGAUCACGGAACUCGCUCCUUUCAGAACAAACAGCGAGUUAAAGAUGGGUUAGAAACGCAACGCAACCCCCGAGCAGAGAAACUAAUGAGACCGGGCCAACAAACAAACAAUCAGCCCGGUCGGCCAGGCCCCACCUGCCCAUCCCAUCAGGGCCCGAUCUGUCCCCCUUUUUGGGGGGGCAGCUGUGUUUCGCAUCGCUUCCCCCACCCGGCCCGAAACAACAAGCCCUCCACAUCGGGUCUCAGCCGCUGCUGCUUCGCCGUGCAUCCCUGCUUCUCACCAUCCAUAUGUUCAUUUCGUCUUAUUUUUUUUUUUUAAAAAAAAAAAUCCCCCUCCUUCUAUAUAACUACCUAGGACCUGUC